UCCCGCGAAGCCGCGAGUUUCCGCAGGGAGGCGGCGGCGGCAGCUGCGGCCGGGCCGGUCUGCAGUCUGUGUGCAGAGUCAACAUUACUCACAGUAAAAGUGAAGCCUUUUCUCUAUUUGCCCAAAAUGAGUGUGACGUGGUUAGCCAGACCAGGAGCUCAACCUCAUGUAGAGUCCAGCCUACUGCUCUGAUGCCGAAGGGGAGGCAGAAAUUGCCACACUUGGACGCCCCCCUGGGCCCGCCCACCUGCCUCUGGCUGGAAUUAGCUGGGCUCUUCUUUCUGGUUCCCUGGGUCAUGGGCCUGGCAGGAACAGGUGGGCCUGCUGCCCAGGGUCCAGGGGGACUAAGUUGGGCUGUGCAUCUAGACAGCCUGGAAGGUCAGGGGGAGGAAGAGACUCUAAAGCAACAGGCAGAUGUCUUGGCCCAGGCAGCAGGGCUGGUGAAUGCCGGACGCAUUGGAGAGCUCCAGGGGCACUACCUCUUUGUUCAGCCAGCUGGGCACAGGCAGGCCCUGGAAGUGGAGGCCAUCCGGCAGCAGGCAGAGGCUGUGUUGGCCAGGCAUGAAGCUGUGCGCUGGCACUCAGAGCAGAGGCUGCUAAAGCGGGCCAAGCGCAGCGUCCACUUCAAUGAUCCCAAGUACCCUCAGCAGUGGCACCUGAAUAACCAGCGGAGCCCCGGCAGGGACAUCAAUGUGACAGGUGUGUGGGAGCGCAAUGUAACUGGACAAGGAGUGACAGUGGUGGUUGUGGAUGACGGAGUGGAACACACCAUCCAGGACAUUGCACCCAACUAUAGCCCUGAGGGUAGCUAUGACCUCAACUCUAAUGACCCUGACCCCAUGCCCCACCCGGAUGUGGAGAAUGGCAACCACCACGGCACGAGAUGUGCAGGAGAGAUUGCAGCUGUGCCCAACAACAGCUUCUGUGCAGUGGGAGUGGCAUAUGGGAGCCGCAUAGCAGGUAUCCGGGUGCUGGAUGGACCCCUCACAGACAGCAUGGAGGCCGUGGCGUUCAACAAGCACUAUCAGAUAAAUGACAUCUACAGCUGCAGCUGGGGACCAGACGAUGAUGGGAAGACAGUGGAUGGCCCCCAUCAGCUUGGAAAGGCUGCCUUACAACAUGGGGUGAUUGCUGGUCGCCAGGGCUUUGGAAGCAUCUUUGUGGUAGCCAGUGGGAAUGGAGGCCAGCACAAUGACAACUGCAACUAUGAUGGCUAUGCCAACUCCAUCUACACAGUCACCAUAGGUGCUGUGGAUGAGGAGGGACGGAUGCCUUUCUAUGCAGAGGAGUGUGCCUCCAUGCUGGCAGUCACCUUCAGUGGAGGGGACAAGAUGCUCCGAAGCAUUGUGACCACUGACUGGGACCUUCAGAAGGGCACUGGCUGCACUGAGGGCCACACAGGGACCUCAGCUGCAGCACCUCUGGCAGCUGGCAUGAUAGCCUUAAUGCUGCAGGUACGGCCCUGCCUUACAUGGCGUGACGUUCAGCACAUCAUUGUCUUCACAGCCACCCAGUAUGAGGAUCGCCGAGCAGAGUGGGUCACCAACGAGGCAGGCUUCAGCCAUAGCCACCAGCAUGGUUUCGGCCUGCUCAAUGCGUGGAGACUCGUUAAUGCAGCCAAGAUCUGGACAUCUGUCCCUUACUUAGCUUCCUACGUCAGUCCCGUGUUAAAAGAGAACAAGGCUAUUCCGCGGUCCCCCCGCUCCCUGGAAGUCCUGUGGAAUGUCAGCAGGAUGGACCUGGAGAUGUCGGGGCUGAAGACCCUGGAACAUGUGGCAGUGACAGUCUCCAUCACUCACCCACGACGCGGCAGCUUGGAACUGAAACUAUUUUGCCCCAGUGGCAUGAUGUCCCUUAUCGGCGCCCCCCGCAGCAUGGACUCGGACCCCAAUGGCUUCAACGAUUGGACCUUCUCCACUGUGCGAUGCUGGGGGGAAAGAGCAAAAGGGAUCUACAGACUCGUUAUCAGGGAUGUGGGAGAUGAGUCAUUCCAGGUCGGCAUCCUCCGGCAAUGGCAGCUGACCUUAUAUGGUUCUGUGUGGAGUCCAGUAGACAUCAGGGACAGACAAAGGAUGUUAGAAAGUGCCAUGAGUGGAAAAUACCUGCACGAUGGCUUCGCUCUGCCCUGCCCACCUGGGCUGAAAAUUCCUGAGGAAGUUGGUUAUACCAUCACCCCUAACACCCUUAAGACCCUGGUGCUGGUAGGCUGUUUUACCAUCUUCUGGACCAUUUACUACAUGCUGGAAGUAUAUUUGAGCCAUAGGAAUGUGGCUUCUAACCCAGUUUUUAGGAGUGGACCCUGCCACUGGACCCGGAGGAGCCGAAAAGCCAGGGAGGAGGGGACAGAACUAGAAUCCAUGCCACUUUGUAACAGCAAGGAUCUAGAUGGAGUAGAGGCAGAGAGCAGGGACCCUCCUGCCACCUCUGGCCUCCUUGCCCCAGACUUGCUGGAUCAGGGGGACUGGAGCCCAUCCCAGAAUGGCAUGAGUGCUCUGGACUGCCCUCAUCAGCAUCAACCUUUAGAUCUGCUUCAGGAGAAGGAGGAGCAGAUCUGCUGACAUUGGGAUCUGACACAUUCAAUGCGGGAUAUGCUCUUCCUUCCCAAAUUGGGGAAGCUUGGAAAAUUGCUCUCAACUAUUGGAGCUCUGGGGAGAAAGCAGUCCUGAUGCUUACAUCUGGAAUCUGAGGCCCAAACAGCAUCCUGUGACUCUGCUCAAGAGAGGUUGAGGGCCUUUGUAAGGUAUAAGUGGCAGAGGAUUCGUGCCAGAGAACCGUCUGGCAAGAGCCUCAGGAUCUUCCUCCAACUGAACAGGAGCUUUUGGUGAGAAGGUAUUGGAUGAGGAGUUGGUGCCUCCACUGGGCAAGCCUCCAUCCUCCUGUCUCUUGGGCAAGCCAGUCGUCAAGGUCACAGGGACCCCAACCCACGCGUGGGUUGAGAAGGUGCCUGCCAUGGCCAGGAGAACAUCUCAACAGAAACAUCACAGGGGUCACUUGGGAAAAGGGCUUAGGAGUAGAGGCUGGGAAGAGCCCCAGGCCAUGCCUGUCCUGAAAGCAGCUGCCUCUAUUAUCCCUUCCCUGGACGACUCAUCAGAAGCCAACCUUGAACAUACCCCUGACUCCUUCAGCAUCACUCCUCCCCCACCUUUAUCAUUCUCAAGGAUUGGUACGAUCCUCCUGGCACAGCUGGGGAUGGGCACGGCUCCCCAGGGCCUGUGCUGCUUCACUAAGGAAUUCUGUGGCAGGGCUGCAGAGCAGAUGUCAGACACAUGAGUUUUAGGAGACAGCCUUGGGAGCCACUGCCCCUCCAGCCCUACAACCACCCUGUCUUCCUCAGCAAAAUGCUCAGGGAAAUGGCCUUCACCCCGGGAGGCCAGCUGUCUGCCUGACAGGCUGUGACUUUUCCUCCCAUUCUCAGCCUCCUCCCCUCUUCUGAGCUAGUUGGUUGAUUUGAAUUUUUUUAAUGCUUAAAAUUUGGUUUUUCACAGCCAUCUUUUGUUGAAUUUUUUCUGCACAGCUUUUCCAAAAUAAAAACCUUCCAAACA